AUGUCUUUUCAUCCAGAAAUGCUUUGGACGCCGUCUAGACGUUGCAUCAAUCGGAGAUGGGAUUGUGGUCGCUGUGACCACUGUAGCCGUGGACAUGAACCGAUGUUAGCUGACAUGAUUUGUCAAGAAUGGCCUGCUCCUGCGUCCUGUGCUUGUGGCUCGGCGUCAGCAGUGAGUAAUAUUGGGUUUUGCACGAGUACGGAAAUCCACAAGCGUACAAGCUUCUGUAUUUUUGUACGUUGUGGAACGGAGCAAUUGUGUGUACCAGUUUUUCCAUGUACUACCGGAUUCCACAUAAAACGUGGCGUCGAGAUGAGAACUGGAUUGUCAACGGAUGUGUUGAAGCUGCAUUCUCGGCGAUCUGUUGUUGCUUUGUAG